GUUGAAACCAGAGAAAUUUGUUUGGGUGAUAUGGCGAUGGGUCUUUGCUCAUUCUGGAAAAAAUGUUAACAAUGUGGUCACUUGUCUGACGACGCAUGUUGUAAAGUGCUGUAUUAUGUUCAAAUAUUCAUUAGCACAGCAAGUGAUCAUUUUAAAGAUUAAGAUUGGCGUUGGCAACAACGCAUGAGGUGUAACUAGCCUUAAAAGAGUUUCAAAAAUAUCACUGUGGCACAAUAGUUUACUUUUUACCUCAGCACUUCCGCUUGAAAGCAAAAUAGUUACCCCCAGUCUCCAGGGGCUUGUGGCAGCUAACUAUUUGUGCCAUCAUGGCGGCCAAGGAAUUGUCCUCGUCUAUGUUAUGGCUGCCCUUCUUUAUUUUGCUUACCUUCACGACCAGUUGCACAGCUACAGAAUUCACUGAAGAUAUGGUUAUAGAAUGGGCAAACAACAUUGGCAAAGAAGUUUACCAAUACUCAACAAACAUUACGCAGGUCGAAGAGUUACAAAAGAGCUAUGAAGGAUUAAAUCUAAGUACAACAGUCGUCGAGUGGGAACAGCUGCUCAAAGAGACCAAAAGCAGAAUUGAAGGGUAUUUCGACAAGAAAAUAAAAACUUUGAAGAAUAUUGUAAAUAAAGCGGAGCACGCUUAUUGUGGACAUGAGGUCAAGAAUAAUCUCAAGAAGAAAGAUGUAAAAUUYCCUGAUAUCAAGAAACUUGAUACCUUUUUAAAUGAAACUGGAAUAAAACUGGAGUACAACUCUUUAUUCCAACAGAGAGUUACAUUUAAUAGCAGUGUAGUGCAUGUCCCUACUGAUGUGUAUGAUGGAGCUGCUUCCAUUGUCAAUGGUAUCCAUUGGAGUGAGGCCCUAAAUGAAGAAUUCUCUAAAAAUGCCAAAUCAGACCCUACCCUAAAGUGGCAGUACUUUGCUAGUAAUACUGGAUUUACCAGGUUCUAUCCAGGUCACAAAUGGAAAUUAGAAAGUGGGCAAGUUGAUCUUUACGAUGCACGCUCAMGAUCGUGGUUCAUCCAAGGUGGAACCUCUCCUAAAGAYGUGGUGAUUCUUCUUGAUACUAGUGGAAGUAUGAGAGGUGUUCCCAUGAGCUUAGCAAAGCUUUCAGCUAAAGCUCUGAUUGAUACCUUUGAAGAAAAUGAUUAUUUCAAUAUUGUUUGGUUUCAUGAAAAGGCUGGUGUACUGGUGAAGUGUAAUCAUGAACUUCUAUUACAAGCAACCAUAAAGAAUAAGCAGGUAGCCAAGGAGAUUAUUGAUGAUCCUGAAAGCAAACUUGAAGGAGAAAAUAUGGCACACUGGCAAACUGGACUUGACAAGGCGUUUUCGCUUCUGGAUACAUCUAGAAAGUCUGGAAAUACAAGCAAUUGUCAACAAGCCAUCAUGAUAUUUAGUGAUGGUACAACUGCUGAUUUAAAAGAGUAUUUCGAUAAAAAUAAYCCAAAGAGACAGGUACGUGUUUUUACAUUUCCUGUUGGACCUCCAGCKGAAAGUACUACAGCAAUGCUUCAAAUGUCACGACAAAACAGAGGUUACUUCUCUCGUAUUCAAAGUGUUGGUGCUGUCCGCUCAGUUAGUAAGCCAUAUAUUCAAGUAUUAAGUAGACCAAUGGCAAGAGCUCCAAAGGCUAACAUAACUGAGUCUACUGUUUGGACAGGUGCAUAUCUAGAUGCCAUGGGUCUUGGGAUGAUGGUUACAGGAACACUACCAGUAUUCUACAGACCUAAUGUGAUCAAGAAUUGUACCUCAAAAGCUCAAAAGGAAAGCUAUGACCAUCUGAUUGGUGUUGCUGGUACUGAUGUACCAUUGAGAAACCUUCAUGAGUUCUUUUUACAGCCUUUGAUGGGUGACAAUGGUUAUGCUUUAGUUGUCAAUAAUAACGGUUUAGUGGCCUUCCAUCCAAGACUCAAAACUGUAUACGGCUACUUGCCUAAUGCACCUGGCGUUGAUCUUAUAGAUGCAGAAUUCCCUUUGGAGAAAGACAAACUCAUCGAGCUGCGAAGGGAUAUGGUGGACAAGACGUUUCUUACGUCUAGUUCCAAGCCAUCACAGCAUUCCUUUGAGGUCUAUGACGUUUCAACAGAUGAGCUUCGUGUGGUCAAGAGAAGGCUCCAUAUAUACAUUGACAGCUUGAAAGGAACAUCAUUCAGCUUUGGUAUCGCCACACCAAAAUUGGGCUUCAAAUACAAGUUUCAAUCAGAUGUUUUAUUAGGGGAAAUCGCAAAGGAAUUAAAUUCUUCCAACCUGUCUCUGGARAAAUGGCCGUACUGUGAGUGGACAUUUUCUGCUGACAAUCCUGUUGAUCACUUGAAGACUAUAGACUUUAAAACUGUAGACUCUAGUAAAUGUAACAUGGAUUUGGUAAAAGGACUUGCUGUAGAUCUUAAAGCUACUUCUGGCAUUCCAAAUAAAUGGACAGUGGAUAAAAGAUUGAAGUCUGUCUUUGUCAGGACUAACUAUGGAGUGACAAGAUUAUUACCAUGUUCAUCGUGCAGUGGUGAUGGGAAUUACAGACCCAACCAGAAAGACAUUGGUCGUUUGACAUCAUUUGAUCAACAGUCUAUUGUUUAUACUUCGCCUUAUGAUCAAGGUCGAAGGGCGAGAAAUUCAUCAUCUGUCAUAGCAUUACAGAAGGUUUUGUUCAAGAACCAAACAGUAGGAGUCGCUGGCUAUGAAAUGCAGUCAAGUUAUUUUGCUCAACUAAUAGUGGAUAGAACGAAAAAGUGUUCUUCUUCCAACUGUGCCGACGUAAAUUGCGACAGAACAGGAAAGAACGAUCAUGAAGGGCUGUAUUGUUAUCUUCUUGAUGAAAAUGGUUUUGUAGUCUCGUCCAACACAGGAAAAUCGAGUGGAGUGUUCUUUGGUAAAGUCGACUACACCAUCAUGAAACAACUUAUACGACACAAUGACAGCUCGUCAACUGGCUUUUACAACAAAUUCACAUUCACUGAUUAUCAGGCUGUGUGCGAACAGAAAGCUGGCAUCGCUAGUAGAGGCACAUCGAUAUUCACGCCGAUGUUAAGCGUCUCGUCGUACGUUAACUGGUGGACGAGCAAGGCCUGGUGGUUUUUAGCCUACUUUAAUGUUUACAGCUGGAUGAUGAGUACAACUAAAUCUUUCGCAGUUGCAUCGGAAGACCAACCAAAGAAUGAAAGUUGUAUCAAGGAGGUCACAACUUACUAUGCUGAYUMUUCCAAUGUUUUACGCAACGGUUCUGCACAACUGGAUAGCUGUGUAAGAGAUUAUAUUGUAAAAAGUGUACCGCAAAGUAACCUAUUUSUAGUCGUUAUCGAUGCUAAAUGUGGACUUAAUAAAGACCCACCACGUGAUAUGGACAUACCUGGUGAACCUAAAGAUGUUAAGACUAAAGUAAAAUGCCAGACCACACUGCAUAGGAAAAGACCUCAAAGAUGCUUCACAUCAGAUUACGCAGAAUCUGAGUACCCUCCUGGGCAUGGAGUACGAAUCGGACCAUCAAUGUGGCUAAUUGUUCUUGCGGUAACGUUGUCUUUGCUGAUGAAGAGGCAUGUUUGACGGCCUUGACUGUGGCAACGAUGCUAACACGCUAUUGUAAUGACAACACUGUGGCAGCUUCAGGCGUUUAUGUAAAUAUUUCUUAUGAAUUUUGAAGAUUUUUACAGUGGUCGUUUCAACCGGGAAUAUAUAUGAAUGAUGACAUUGGGUAUUUUGAGCUUUUCAUAAUAUAUUAGAAACGUUAGAUGGUAUAAACAAGAUAAAAGUUUAGAGAUUUUACCCUGCGUGUAGUGCCAGCAGAUUUGCUCGCAGGCUAAAUCCUAGAGUCCAAACGAACAUCCCAAUGGUCUCAAAAGCGUUUUGGUAUUGGUCUAACUUGCUCGAGGGAUUUAACAUCAAUGGCAAAGACGCUUUUCCUGGCGAUUGGGACGAUUAGGGCUAUUAUAGAGCGGAUUUCGUAUGAGUAGGAAACGGACGGUACURUACUGUGACCGUAAUCGUACUGUAASCAAAUUCUAGUGCCCCAUUGGUUCACAAAAAUUGUGCAGGCCAGGUCCGGUAACUGUGYGGUAACCGUGCGGUAACGGUGUCCCACUCAUACGAAAUCCGCUCUAUGAGGCAUGAGGAAGCCUSUUCACUGCGCUUGUAUUUUAUUAUAAAAGCAAACUUUAAACUUUUGUUCAAUACUCAUGGGAUUAAUUUGCCGAUCAAACACGUGCAAUGGAGACGAAAUGGUUUUCACCCAUUCCCAUGACAUUCAAAAGAUAAAAGACCGGCGGCCAUGUCGGAGGAAUGAACAAUAGAUACUAAUGAGAAAUCCUUUGUUGAAGUUACUCCAAGAUGGCCGCUGUGACGUAUAGUGAAAACGAAGAAUUGUUAUAGCUGUUAUAGCUGGACAAGGGAAAUUUGCUCAUUUUUGAUAAUCUAAGAAUUCUAUUUUCUAUUUUAUUUAAUCCUAGAAYAAUAUAGUGAAGUACAAUGUGUUUAUAAAAGGUUGCUGCGAAGAUAACCAUCCUAGUGCAAGUGUCAAUACAAUCGUUUGAAUCGCCAACAAUGAUCUAUCGUACGAUUCCAUAUAUGGAUGUACAURUACAUAGUUACUGAUGCGCUCGUGGUUCCACUUGAGUGUUGAACAUUUUAUGACGUCAAGAGUGUGUCAAUAAGGACAUACGACUCAAAACCAUGCUCUAUUUGUUAAACAUGCAUUAUUAAUGAAGCUUCAAUGUUUACAUGRGAGGCCUUACCCAUAUGUGGAAAAAGGACAAGAGAUCCUACUCUCGAGGAAUGCAAACCGCAUUUAGAGGCGAUUGGGAAGAUUGUAUGGAUACUUAUUUUGCUUUCCCCAGAGAAAUGAAAACAAAAAGAGUGUCUCCUUAAGCAGCCCUUUUUCAUGGCAUUGUACAUUCUCAAAGAUAGUGUGAGAAAGAGCAACCAUUCAAAGUUGCUUUGAAAAAGCGUUUUUUCUUUUUGUUUCUURUCUUUGUUUUGUCGUUGUUUUUUAUUCGCCUCCUGGCGAUCAAAUUAUAGCAUCAUGCAUAUAGACACAGCACUGAGAAUUUAAAGGCCAUCUUCAUUUUUCCCGUUUGUCAAUCAAUCUGAUGACGUGGUUGAUUGAUUUCAAUGAUAGUGAAUACUAUAGUUUAGUGAUAUAGGGGUUAAUUGCUGUUGGACGAUCUUGAAUUUCCUUAUUCGAUAUGAGCCGCCGAGACGUUAUUUUGUAUUCGCAGGGAUGGUAACUCCAGUAUUCUAUCAUCUGCGCGCCUUUCUCACAUACGAAAAAUGUCCAAGAAUUUAUAAAUUUAUUUAUCUUAUUUUGUAUUUAUUUAUUUUGUUUGUUUUUCUUUUCGAAUAUAUUUUUUGAAACAAAGCAAUCGAUGCAAGUAGGCGGUUUUUAUGGAAGUUUCAAAUGAGAAUAUAAUGGCAUGAUCGAUACCAAGUGAUUUUCAGUCAUUGGYAGUGUCGUUUUAUCGUUCACAAAUGUUUUGCUACGCAGCCAUGGACACGGAGCCUGACCGGUGUUUACUCAGACUCAACAAUAACUUACUCAAAUAAGCUAUUACCUAAGUAUACCAUAAGUUGAAACCAUAAGCAAAGGCGUUAGACAUGUCCACUUCAACUUCKCUCAACGAAAUGCGUUCAACGAAAUGCGUUGAAGUGUUUACCCCGCACUAAACCAUGUAAAGAUUCGUUUUUACGAUAGCCUUUGACAAUUUACAUUGGAAUCGUGAAAAACAAAAAUGAAGGUGGCCUCAGUCAAAGAUUGAAUAGCAGCCCUUUUCGCAGUUGAAAAACAAGUUCAAGGAGCCUGUGGUUUUUCACCAAAGCGAGAAAGAAUCGGGCAACAAGCCAAAAAUACCAUUUUUGAAAAGUUAGACGAAAAUAAUUUUUGUUUUGAAAAAAGUCAUGGUUUUGUCAUGACCUUGCACUCUUGUUCAUUUGAGGGUUGCACCAAACAUAUAUACACAAAUAUACACAAAUAGGCUUUUAUUUAUUGCAUAUUUAAUUUUUGUAAGUCAUUUAAUUUAUUCUAAAUAUUACCAUUCAUUGUUAUUAGAAUUAUUUAAUUUUUAGUUCAGCUUAUUUCUGUAUUUGUAGUAUUCUAGAUAAGCCAAUAAACUAUUGAURAUAAGAAAU